GGAAGGAUGUUUUAUCCCAACAGGAGUACUUUUCAUCCAACCACAUUCUUCCUCACUGGAAUUCCGGGUCUGGAAGGGGCCCAUUCCUGGAUCUCCCUGCCUUUCUGCUCAGUUUACCUUGUGGCUUUACUGGGCAAUGCCACAAUUCUGCUGGUCAUCAGGAUGGAGCAGAGCCUGCAGAAGGAGCCCAUGUUCUACUUCCUGGCCCUCCUUUCAACUAUCGAUUUGGUCCUUUCCUCAACCUCUGUGCCCCGCAUUCUGGGUAUCUUCUGGUUUGAUGCUCAUGAGAUUAGCUUUGGGGCUUGUGUGGCCCAGAUGUUUUUGAUCCAUGCCUUCACUGGCAUGGAGUCUGAGGUCCUGGUGGCCAUGGCCUUUGACCGCUAUGUGGCUAUCUGUGCUCCACUCCACUAUAGAACGAUCUUGACAACCCUGGUGUUGGUGGGUAUCAGUGUAUGCAUUGUGUUUUGUCCAAUUCUAUUUACACUUCCCAUGGUGUAUCUCAUUUACUGCCUACCAUUUUGUCAGGCUUAUGUAACAGCUCAUUCCUACUGUGAGCACAUGGGCAUCGCAAAACUGUCCUGUGGAAACAACCAUAUCAAUGCCAUCUAUGGGAUCUUUGUGCUCUCUCUCGUUCUGCUGAACCUGGUUCUUAUUUGCAUCUCCUAUGUCUACAUUCUGUGAGCUGUCUUCCGCCUCCCAUCACAGGAUGCUCGGCUAAAAGCGCUCAGCACGUGUGGCUCUCACGUUGGUGUCAUCUGUGUUUUCUAUAUCCCCUCAGUGUUCUCCUUCCUCACUCACCGAUUUGGACACAACAUACCACGCUACAUUAACAUUCUUGUUGCCAACCUCUAUUUGGUUAUCCCACCUUCACUCAACCCCAUCAUUUAUGGUGUAAGGACCAAACAGAUUCGAGAGCAAGUGCUCCGUGUCUUUGCUAAAAAGUAG